UCAGUUACUUAAAGAGAAACUUUUUGCACACUCCAAUAUUUCUCUAUAUUUUUGAUCUUCCUUCAUUUCACACGGUACCAAUGCUGGCUGCUGUUACAGUAAAGCUCGAAGCAGUACUCCCGAGCUCCAGCAUGUUUCCAGAUUGGGGAUUUCAGUGUCGGCUAAACUAUUUCUAAACACGUUUCUGUGAAGAAACCGUACGUUUCUAACGUUUUCAGCUUGCUUAGAUUGUAUAAUCGGAGUAUCGAUCCAACCUGGCAACCCCUGUCUCCAGUCCCAUCGCUUCUUUCAUUCUUACUCUACAGCAGAUGAUAGUGGUGCAGUACACAAGCAGCUGUCGUCCUUCGCACAUGAAACUUGACUUAUCCUGAUAAAGAAACGCCUCUCUCUCUCUCUCUCUCUCUCUCUCUCUCUCUCUCUCUCUCUCUCUCUCUCUCUCCUUGGUGAAGGUGGAUUGACAGGUGCGACGCAGGCAGGACGAUGUGAGCGAAUCCACACCGACACAUCCCCUCUGUAAACUUGCAGUGUCUCUCUGAACACCGGCUCCGACAGAGCAGAGGUUGAGGCGAGAGGCGCGCGCGCUCCCAUGCGUUCUCCUCCUCAGUACGCGCGCUCUUUUCUGAGGCUGCGGUGCAGAGCGCGCGGGACCAUCAGCGUCCUGUCUCUUGCUUUUCCACGACUCAGCUUGUCACUGCGGGAAGCCGUUUUUCAGCAGGAGGAAUGGAAACAGUAUGGUCCUGAUGUGAGCUGUGUGGCUUUAACUAGAAAACUUCGAUUAAAAAAAUGAGGAAAAAAGUGAGGACCGGCUGCGCAAACCGGCUCAGUGUGACUAAAUGAGGCUUGCUGCAGACGUCCCCCAUGAUACUACAUCCUCUGGGAUCCUCAGUGCUGUUUCUCGGAUGAACGCACAAAUUCCCAUCAGCUAACCUCCUCUCAGAAGAAGGCUCGUCAUCUGUUGACCAGCUUCCUUAUCUAAAUGCCACCAUGCCCAUCAUCAGCAACACCAACCAUGAUUUUAGCAACCUGUCUGUCAGUGAUGACAGUAGCUUAGACCGCAUCUUUACUGAGAUCCCUGAAACAGAGACAAUCAAAGGUGUGUACUACCAGCGUGCACGCCUCCUGCGUCGGCCUGAGGACCUGCUAUCUGUGGAUCAUGCACUACAGGCACUCAUCAAUGUAGGGGGAAACCGCUACACGCUGCCAUGGAGCACACUGGAGCAGUUCCCAAUGACACGCCUGGGCAAGCUGCGAACAUGCAGGAGCCCUGAGGAGAUUGCUGGUGUGUGUGAUGAUUAUGAUGAGGCACGCCGCGAGUUCUUCUUUGACCGCAGCCCCAGUGCCUUCCGUGUGAUCUUAAACUUCCUAGCAGCCGGUAAGCUGAGGAUGCUGCGUGAGACAUGUGCGCUCUCACUGCAUGACGAGCUGACCUACUGGGGAAUAGAGACGGCGUGCAUGGAACGCUGCUGCAAGCGCAAAAUGUACAUGCGUCUCGAGGAGGUGGCCGACCAUGAGCGUCGCAAGCAGGAGGAGUUCAGGAGACGCACUUCUCAGCAGCGCCCUCCACAGGAUGACACAUGCUACCACAGGUUCAUGAGCCACCUCAGGGACAUGGUGGAGAACCCACAGUCAGGUCUGCCAGGGAAGUUGUUUGCCUGCUUCUCUGUUCUUAUGGUGGCUGUUACUGUCAUUAGUCUGUGCAUCAGCACCAUGCCAGACCUGCGAGAGGAGGAGAACAGGGGCGAGUGCUCACAGAAGUGCUACCACAUGUUCAUCGUGGAGACCGUGUGUGUGGCGUGGUUUUCCCUGGAGUUUUUGUUACGUUUCCUGCAGGCGCGCAGCAAGCUGGAGUUCCUACGCGGACCGCUCAAUAUCAUCGAUGCCAUGGCCAUCUUGCCCUACUAUGUGUCCCUGGCUGUGGAUGAAGAAGAGGACGAUGUGGGGCUAGACCAAGAACGCUCAUCUACAGGCAAGGGCUACUUGGACAAGCUGGGCCUGGUGCUGCGGAUCCUGCGAGCUCUACGCAUCUUAUAUGUGAUGCGGCUUGCACGGCACUCACUGGGGCUGCAGACUCUAGGACUGACCGUGCGUCGAAGCACGCGUGAGUUUGGGCUUCUGCUUCUCUUCUUGUGUGUAGCCGUGACACUCUUUUCACCACUCGUACACCUGGCUGAGAGCGAACUAAGCGGCGAGCAGGACUUCAGCAGCAUCCCUGCCUCCUACUGGUGGGCCAUUAUCUCCAUGACGACAGUGGGCUAUGGAGACAUGGUUCCACGUAGCAUCCCCGGGCAGGUGGUGGCACUCAGCAGCAUCCUGAGUGGCAUCCUUAUCAUGGCCUUCCCUGCCACCUCCAUCUUCCACAUGUUCUCACGCUCCUACCAGGAGCUCAAACAGGAGCACCAGCGCAUCAUGAAGGAGGAGUGUGCUAAAGCCGCAGCUGCGGCUGUGGACAGACAUGGUGAGGAGCCAGAAAGAAGCGGGGAUCAUCCUGCACCUGUACUGGCUCUCCAUCAGGAUCCUGAAAAGGCUGGAUCCACAGAUGGCGUGUCACUAUUAGGGAACAGUGGAGACUCGUCAGGGAAUAACAGAUACUCCUUACCGGGUGAGGGCUGGGUGACACAGGAUUAGAAAGGUUGUUCAGCACAGCGUGAGUAAAAUGAGUGAAAACUUCUCAUUCAGUCAAAGAAUGAACAAAGAAUAUUCUGAAGAAGUCUGUGUGUGUGUGUGUGUGUGGUUUGUUUAUGGUCCUUGAAUCAUUUUUUUCAGCCAGGACUCUGUCCUUCAUAGUCUUUAAAAGUCACAGACUUCAUGCGCAUUAUAUAACGGAUGAGACAGCCAACAGGUAAGGGGUAAUUUUGAUGAGAUUGCUGAUUAGAUGUACUGUAAGUUCAUGGCACCUGCACUCAGCUGUGCAGUUAGUGCAAAUUACAAAAUGACAUUCAUCAAACAUUUGUUAAUGCUUAGGCAUCCUUUAAUCCAAUCUAAACUCAUUUUUUGUGUAUUAUCUUCCAGCUAUCAAACCCCCAUAAUAUAAAAUGUAUACCAAAAUACUAUAAAAUGAAUAGAUUCAAGAAUCUCCUUCCUGACUCCUGAGCAGUGAUCCUGACUUUCAGAACUCCUUCAGAAUUUCUUGCGAGUAAACAUGACUUCCACGUGUAAGGAUUGAAUUUACACAAGCUUAUCCUCUCACAAUGCAGUCCAUGUUGCAAUAUUGACCAUGUUUCAGGGUGGCCACACGCUGGAAGGGUUAAGAUUGGAUUUUACACACUGCCGCAUUAUCCACAAGAGGAUAAUCUAGAAAGAUAAUCAUUUAGGCCUUAAAUGUGACGGUCAGGAGAGACAUUAUUUUGGUACUGACUAAAGAGAUGGGGGAUACUGAAGUUAGAUUGAAAGUAAAUAAUUUAUUUAAAGUAUAUAUAUAUAUUUUACUUUAUAUUUUGACAUAUUGUCAUACUCAUCUCAUCCAGUCAUGCUACUUCAAUGCAUUUUGUGUAUUUGCUAAUUUUGUGAUAAAAACUACAGCCUGAUACUUUCAUCCCUGAUACUCAUUUAAAAGCAAAAUGCAGCUAAUUCCAGCAAAUAAAUUUUCUACGUAGAUGCAGUUAAUCCUUAUAAAGUCUAUAUUUAUUCACGGAUCCUUUGUUCAGUGCCAUAUUUUUUUACAUCCUGCUGGCUCUUAUAUAGUGACCAAUAGAUUUUUUUUUUUAAUCUUAGAAAUAAGAUUAUGUUCUAUCAAUUUGUUUAUCUUUAUAGAUGUUGUGCAGUCAUGCGGCCACAUGCUGACGACCCCUCUUAGUGCCUUAGAAUUAUUAUUAUUAUUGCACCUAGUGAUCAAAAAAGGCAACAGCAACAAUUACUAACUGCUAAUAGAGGCCCAUUGAGGAAGGAAACCCGCUCCCCUAUGCUCACUCUAUGAUUCUUUUCAGGGAUGAGGAACAGUUAAUCUUAUUUUCUAGCAAAUAAUCACAAAUCAGUCUAAUGCAAACCAUGAAAAAGCAAAGAAAAGGGGGAUUAUGGAGUGGAUGAUUUGCAAAUGAUAUAUAGAAAUUCUUGCACGCCACUGCAAAUGUUUUUUUGUGUGAACUUUUGUGUGGACCUCAAGGAGAUUUUGCUGAAGCCUGUUGAACAAAUGUAUGUCUAAAUCCACUUAAAACUAGCUGCUAGACUGGAUGACUGUAUGAUGGCUGACCCCCUAGUUAUAGGGUUUAUUCUAAAAAUUCACUAGAUAGUAACCUACACUGAUCAAGCAUAACAUUAUGACCACUGCCUAAUGUUGUGUUAGUCCCCCUUUUGCUGCCAAAACAGCCCUGAUCCAUCAAGGCUUAUACAUUGAUCCACCCAUGGAUGCCCCACCUCACAACUUACAUGACUUAAAGCACUUAAAGCCCAUGGAGGCCCCACCUCACAACUUACAGUACUUAAGGGAUACUUACAGUACUUAAAGCACUUACAGGACUUAAAUGAUACUUUUGAUAGAUACUGACCACUGCAGACCAGGAACACCCCACAAGAGCUGCAGUUUUGGAGAUGCUCUGAUCUAGUUGUCUAGCCAUCACAAUUUGGCCCUUUGUCAAACUCACUGAAAUCCUUAUGCUUGCCCAAUUUUCCUGCUUCUAACACAUCGACUUUGAGGACAAAAUGUUCGAUUUCUGACUAAUAUAUCCCACCCACUAACUGGUGCCAUGAUGAGGAGAUAAUCAGUGUUGUGCACUUCACCUCUCAGUGCUCAUAAUGUUAUGCCUGAUCGGUGUAUAGCAUUAGUCAAGUGUGAUAGCUUCUUGCCUUUAUUUAGACAUUAUUAAUGUUGUUCUGCUCCACCAAGAUCCAUGGUCACAAGCCAGUGAAAAAGAAGAGUUAACACACUUUAGAGCUGGUUAAAUUCAAUGAAAAAAAAUGAACUGUUUUGUUUGACACUAGUGUAUUUGAUCAACCUGGUUAUUUUGCAUUUGUAUACAGUCUUUUCCACCACACUUGGUAUUGAUGUGCAUCCAUAGAAGUGUUAAACACAGAGAUAGUGGUUGGUCUGAGCAUUUUAAAGGUAGCACAGAGUGUGAUCUCAGUUCGACCUGAAUACUGUCCAAAUUUCACUGUGAACUCUGGCCUUUUGAAGAUGCUCCAUUUGUCUUCAAACGCACAGUGGGAAGUGAAGCAGGACCACAGAGGUCUACAUUAAUCAUCGCUGACCGAAACUAAGCCUUUUGGAAAGAGAGAGCUUACAACUCUGACUAUAGACUAUGCCCACACACACACACACAUUCCUUAUAUCUCUGUAUCUUCUGCUCUUAAGAUUAUUAAUUGUUGUCCAUCUCAGCUGGUCACAGAUGCUGGAUCUUCUGUGGAGUUUUUGAGGAAGACAAUCAUGCGAGUUGCUGUCUGUGUUAAUUAAAUAUCCCAGCCACACACAGGGUUUCUCCCGAGUUUCAUCACUGGAGCAGACUGACUGAACAUUCACUGUGUUUGACAGAUGGCUGUAAUUGGAUUUUUGGGUACAUUUCAUGGACCUACAAUAUGAUCAAUUUUCCCUCUCCCCCUCAUUUUCAGGCGAAGCUUUAAAAAUGAAUAAUGGGGUUGGGUAUAGGCAAUGGCAGAUUUAAUGCACUGUGCAGGUUUAAUUUCUCAGUAUAACUCUCUGCAUCUGUUCACAACAAAAUGGCAAAGCAGAGAUGAAGAGAAAAGGAUGCUCGUUUAUAUUUGUUUUCUCUUGUUUGUUAAGAAGUGCCAUAUGAUGUUCUUCUUGCUAACAAGCUGUUUGUUAGUUAUUAUAGAAGAGUUUAUAAAGCUGUUUGUUGUUUGCUGAGUCUAUUUAAGACCAGAUUAUCUCCUUUCUACUUUUGUGCCUUCCAUUACAGCAGAUGGGUCUUUCUAUGACUGCAACGUAGACUUAUAUUCUGAGGAAAUGAGCCGUGAUCAUAGCUGAAGACUGCAUAUUAAUGACUCAAUGACUGACACAAUGUGUAUUUAUUAAUAUAUCUACAUAGACCACUAAAAACAAUCUAAGCUGUUAAAGAGUGGAUAAUAGAAUUGCAUGCUUUUGUAUUACUUUUUAAUCCACAGGUGUGUCUGGAUCACAGGAUGAAGAGAUGACACGAUGUGAUCAUAAUGUUUCUUCUGGGGUUAUGUGUCUGCAGCUGCUUUCUUGACUUCUGCUUGACUUCUCGAAAUCUUAAUAACAGCAGCUCUGACAGUAGCCUGUAGGUCAAUAUGAACGCACAAAUAUUUUCUAAUACUGAGCAUAUUCUCUAAUUAGAUACGGAACAUAUUUUAAGGAUAAUGAUAAUUGGGGAAAAAUGUGUAACUAAGCAAAUCAAACCUUUCCGAUAUGCCGAAGCUUUCUGUAAGGAGAUUUUUAGAGUUUAUUUAACAUUUAUAGAAGGAGACUCCAUUAUAAGGGUUUUAUUGCAGUCAGAAUGUUUUCUACCAUGUCUUCAGGACAGAAUGCAUUCAAGUUUCUCUGUAAGAUGACAAGCUGCAUUUUUUAGGUCUUAACAUUCAUUAAGAAGCAGGAAGCACGUGCAUAUCCUCAGUGUUGUGUUUAUUACAUUCAAUAAUCAUUGUCAUUAUACCAGGUGGGGCUCAGAACACAAGUAGGCAGAAAUAGACAAGGAUUCUCAAAUAAACAUACUCAAAAUGUAGGAAUUUAGGUGAGGAUUUAAACACAGGAACAUGGGGAAAACAAAAACACAUGGUAAAACCGGAAAAAGGAGAGCCUGCAGGUAGUAUAAUAAGUUAUUGCUUUAAGCAAUUUACAGUAUAAUGCAAGUUAUAACAGAAACAAACUUCUCUCACAGACAUUCCAUAGCAUUACACGGUUAAAACGCAAUUCAUUAAAUAUUAAAAAUUUUAAUCACUGGCAAAUUACUGGGUUGUAAGAGGAAUAACACACUUCAUGCUGUUAUUAGAAAAAUAAUCUGUCAUGUUUUAUUCCUUACUUUCCCUAUCAGCAUGAAUUUGUGAAAUUAUCAUUAAUAGUUGGCAUGUGAAAACCAUGGCAGUCUAUACAGUUACAGCUAGAGAGCAUGUGAGUAAGACUACAGGUCUGAUUAGCAGUUUCUAUCAGUAAAACAAGACUGAAGUGCUAUGUUCACGAUCUUAUCACUACAGACAGGUAAUUACAUCUUACUGAGAAAUCCUGGCCAAGACCUAAUCAAUCACUGUGUGUCUAAUCUAUUCCACUUGUUACAGCCAGAAUUUACUGCUGGACCUGUAAAUCUUAUGUAUAAUAAAUCUACAGUCUGACUUGCUGCAAGAAACUAAAAGAGUUUACUAUAUUGAGACACUCUAAUUACUGUUAUUGUAAAUACAGUAGUGAUGCAUUCACAAAUUAAGCAUUAAAGUUAAUACUGUAGUUACAUCCUUAUAUCUCAGAAAUGUGACUUGCUUCUGCCUGAUGAAUUUUAUUUCGGGAUAAUAAAUGGAACAAUACUGUACUUCCUGUCUGGUGGUGCAAACUGAUGUGAAUCCGAGUCAAGAGCUUGUGAAUAAUACAUGCCGAAUGCACAUCUCAGCUUCUUGAUAUGGCAUUUCAGUAGGAAAUUUCCAACAUUCCUCUCCGCACUGAAGAUAUAAAGUUAAUAAGAUGCUGAAUAACAGAACAUUUCUUAGCCACUAUUCUCUAUUUUCUCGCCAGGACUGACUACAUAGAUGUGUUAGUGAAUUUGGAGCCAAAUAAUAAAACUACUGUUUCAUAUAAUCAGUGUAAUUAUACUUUUGUGUUAUAAGAUAAAUAUAAAUAGAUGAAAUGGUUAAUUAUGAAAUAUAUUUGUUGGUCAAAACACCACC